AGUACCAGGGUUGUCGCGGGGGGAAGACGCUCGGUUUCGCGAGGGGGACCGCGCCGUACGUCCGUUGAUGGAUUUUAUGUUUCCUCGCGUCUUGCAUCUCCCCUCUUUUGCCGCUCGCCUCGGCUUGCUCCUCCGCACAAGCUUGCGAGUUCCCAGUUAGUCCGGCGGUGCGCUGCAUGGGGAAACUGACAUGUUUAUGCCCGGAGAAAGAAACUUGGCGAGGGGAGGAAAGUUUCGGGGACAACAUUGCGCGUGCUGUAUGUUGUGUGUGUUUUAAGUCAUUUUUCGAAGGAUUUUCAAUUGAAGUCGGAUUCCCUUUGAAUGCAUCGGACUACCCUCGGUUUUUGGAAUAUACUCGUCACUUUUCUAAAUUUUUUCUUCUUUUUUGUGGUUGAGUUGAUCCUUGCCGAUUGUGGAAUAGUGAACUAAAAAAAAAAAAGAAAAAAAAGAAAAAGCGGUGCCUCGCAUUUUUGGUGCAGUGGGGAGAAUUCGCUCCGUCGGGAGUUGUAGACAUUCCUCUCUCCCCUUUACUUGUUUCGGCCCAUGCACUCGCCUCCCUCAUCCGUGCAUGCGAAAACACGGAUCUUCGAGACUUUAUUCCCUCUUUUUUGCCCAGGUGAUUGGGUGAAUUCCAGUGAGUGACAGGCCGAACAGGCAGCAGUUGAUGGUUGGGCGCAGCCCCUCAGAUGGGAUCAGUGUCCAGGGGGAGGCGGAGGAGCGGGGUAUGGGGAGCGCUGGCCCCCUCUAAGGGGAUGGCCGCAUGGCCCUGGCUGCUGGCCACCAUCCUGCUCUCUCUGCAGACUGUCAGCGUGGCCCGGCCACCCCUUACUUCCACCAAGGAGGAGGAGGCCACUCUGGAACCUGAAGAGGCACCGAACAAAUACCAAAUCUCUAAGCCCACGGUGUGCUCGGUGCACCCGGGGGAGGUCCUGAAGCUCAGCUGCCCUCUGCCAGAGGCGGGGACCAUCACCUGGACCAAAGACGGCAGCUCUCUGGGCGCCAACAACCGCACGUUGAUAGAGCAGGAGGUGCUGCAGAUCCGUGAUGCCACGCCUAAGGACUCGGGCCUGUAUGCCUGCACCAGCGUGGGCAGAGACACGGUCUGCUUCAUAGUGAACGUCACAGAUGCCAUUUCAUCGGGGGAUGAUGAGGACGAUACAGAGCGGUCAGAAGACACAGGGGCGGACGGAGAGCAGAUAAGUGCUCCGUAUUGGACCUCAUCGGCAAAGAUGGAGAAGAAACUGCACGCAGUGCCGGCAGCCAACACAGUCAAGUUCCGCUGUGCCGCGGGAGGCAACCCCCGGCCACGGAUGCGCUGGCUGAAAAAUAGCCGGCCGUUCCGCCAGGAGGACCGCAUGGGAGGGUAUAAGGUGCGUAGCCAGCACUGGACCUUGAUCAUGGAGAGCGUGGUGCCAUCAGACAAGGGCAACUACACCUGCCUGGUGGAGAACCAGUAUGGAGCCAUCAACCACACCUACACUUUGGAUGUAGUGGAGCGGUCCCCUCACCGGCCCAUUCUCCAGGCGGGUCUGCCGGCCAACACGACCGUGUACGUAGGGCAGGAUGCACGCUUUGUCUGUAAAGUGUACAGCGAUGCCCAGCCCCACAUCCAGUGGCUAAAGCACAUCACGCAGAACGGCAGCCACUACGGCCCCGAUGGACACCCCUACGUCCGCGUGCUGAAGACCGCAGGUGUUAACACCACAGAUAAGGAGAUAGAGGUUCUCUACUUGCCCAAUGUAACUCUCGAGGACGCUGGGGAGUAUACGUGCUUGGCGGGUAAUUCUAUUGGGAUCUCCUAUCACUCUGCUUGGUUGACGGUGCUUGAAGUUGAAGACAAUGACAUAGUUAGAGGCCUGCCAUCCCCCGACUACGUGGAGAUCGCCAUAUACUGCGUGGGCGUCUUCCUCAUCGCCUGCAUGGUAGUGAUCGUGGUCGUGUGUCGAAUGAGAAACACGGCCAAGAAGCCGGACUUUGGGGGCCAGCCAGCGGUCCACAAACUCAGCAAACAGAUCCCUCUCCGCCGCCAGGUAACAGUGUCAGCUGACUCCAGCUCCUCCAUGAACUCCAAUACACCUCUGGUCCGUAUCACCACACGACGCAGCUCUGCCCACGAUGAGCCCAUUCCUGAAUACGACCUCCCUGAGGACCCCCGCUGGGAGUUUGCCCGAGACAGGUUGACCCUGGGCAAGCCUCUAGGGGAGGGUUGCUUUGGUCAGGUGGUAAUGGCAGAGGCCCUGGGCAUCGAUAAGGACAAACCCAAGGAGGCUGUAACCGUUGCUGUCAAGAUGCUCAAAGACGACGCCACCGAGAAGGACCUGUCUGACCUGGUGUCGGAGAUGGAGAUGAUGAAGAUGAUCGGCAAACAUAAGAACAUCAUCAAUCUUCUUGGAGCCUGUACACAGGACGGUCCGCUGUAUGUGAUUGUGGAGUACGCUUCCAAGGGCAACCUGAGAGAGUACCUCCGUGCCCGAAGACCCCCUGGUAUGGAAUACUCCUAUGACAUCGCCCGCGUGUCAGACGAACAGCUUACCUUCAAGGACCUGGUUUCUGCCACUUACCAGGUGGCACGGGGCAUGGAGUACCUGGCGUCACAGAAGUGUAUACACAGAGACCUGGCUGCCAGAAAUGUCUUGGUCACAGAGAGUAACUUCAUGAAGAUCGCCGACUUUGGCCUGGCAAGGGACGUCCACAAUAUUGAUUACUACAAAAAGACGACCAACGGUCGUCUCCCGGUGAAAUGGAUGGCUCCAGAGGCGCUGUUUGACCGAGUGUACACACACCAGAGUGACGUCUGGUCAUUUGGGGUGCUGAUGUGGGAGAUCUUCACCCUGGGGGGCUCCCCCUACCCGGGCAUCCCUGUGGAGGAGCUCUUUAAGCUGCUCAAAGAGGGCCAUCGCAUGGACAAGCCUGGCAACUGCACCAAUGAAUUGUAUAUGAUGAUGAAAGACUGCUGGCAUGCCAUCUCUUCCCAGAGACCCACCUUUAAGCAGCUAGUGGAAGAUCUGGAUCGCAUCCUCACCCUCAGCACCAAUGAGGAGUAUCUGGACCUGUGCGCCCCCGCAGAGCAGUAUUCUCCGAGUUUCCCCGACACCCGCAGUUCCUGCUCUUCUGGCGACGACUCUGUAUUUUCCCAUGACCCCCUCCCAGACGAACCCUGCCUCCCCAAGUACCAGCACAUCAAUGGCGGGGUCAAAACAUGAGACCCUCUAACUCAUGCUCAGAGGCACCUCCACCUCCCAAACCCCAACUUGUCUACCAUACACACACACAAACACACAAACACCGUGCACAGAGACACCUCCUUCCCACCACCCCUCCCCAUCAACCAAUCUUUCCUGCCCCUCCACUGACCCCUCUGGCUUCUAAUGAACUAAUGGACCCGGACGGGACUGGACCGGACUGGUGGGAGUGCUGCUGUCGCACCACACUCAGCUCAGACUGACACACACCCACACACACACACAAGAACACAAACCCGCUCCCAUGUGUGUUCAAAGGUCUUAAGGUGAGGGCAGGAGGGCAGGGACCCUUGUGAGACUUGUUCCCUCACUGACUCAAUGAAUUGAUGUUCCUAGGGAUGCCCGAACCAGACCCCCACCUCCCCCCUCUCUCGACGCCCCCCCAACCACACACACACACACACGUUUACUCUCUUUCUCAUGAUUUCUACCUAGAGGUUUUUCGGGAUCGACAAAGUCACUUAUUCCAAGAUCCCGUUCCCAUUCUGUUGGCUGGCAUUCCAAGACUUUUGUUUGUUCCCGGUAGAAUGUAUGGACCGCUGCGUACUGAAACAAGGGACGAGAAGAGGAUGAUAAACAAGAAAAGGACUGAGCACAAGCGUUGACUAACAAACCCAUAGGAAGAGGAGGAGAGCGCAUACAGACACUGCCUCAUUUAUUUUUUUGGAAAAAAUGUUUUGCAUUUCUUUUUCCCGUUCUCUCGGUUAGCUUACAUAGUUAUAACGGAGAAGAAAACGCUAUACACAGUAUACUGUAUAGUGCUGGGUAUAUUUGUAAAUAUAUUCAAAUAUGUAUAAAUAUAUAUUAUAUAUUUACAGUGAAUUAUUUUUUGUAUGGACUCCAGAAUAACCCUUACCCCCCACACCUCACCCAGCUCCCCUCUCCUUUUCUCGAGUUUGAGACAGGUGUGCUCGCACCCAGGUUAUGUGUCCUAUGUUUCUCCACACACACACACACACACACACACACACACACACACUUGUCGCACUCUAUCACACACACACACACGCACGCACGCACACACACAUACACACACACACUUGUCUCACUCUCUAUCAGUAACACAGUUGAGUAUUGGCCUUCAGGGACAGAGGUAGCAUGUUAAUUUAUUGACUUUUUUUUUUUUUAAAUGAGUAGAAGAGUCUGAAAAAAGGAAGAAAAACAGUACCGAAGAAACUGAUGACAUUAAUGAUGCUGAUCACACAUAAAUAAUCCAUUAAGUUUAUGGUAAUUUAAGAUGAUCUUUCAGCAGUAACAGGAAAAAAAAGGUAUUUUUAGCGGGUUUGAAAGAUCCAGGUUUUGUAAGUUUUAUAUAUGAAUGUGAAUAUUAAGUUAAAAUUUAAAUACUGUACAUUUUAUAGCCAGCUAAUCCCUUUCUUAUGUAGAUGAUGCGGUUUUUCUAUCCAGCCAUUUUACUCUUUCUUAGAUUUGAAUUAGGAAACGAGAUGAUUUCUGGAUAUUUAUGUACGAUCAAAAGAAAAGAAGAGUUUUGGAAACACCCACUAGGAAUCUGCUCCCUUCAUUUUAGACUAAAUAUAGAAGCCAGAUUUAUUUCACACAGUUAAAAGCCGAAAAACAAAGUAUUAAAAUCAUUCAAGUGUUUUUUUUUUUGGUUUUUGGUUGUUUUUCUUUUCUACAGGACCAAUUUUAAGAUGUCUUUUGCAAGUGUUCACACCACAUUUGGGAC